CAGCACCAUUGCAGUAAAAAAAUAAAAUUCUUCUCUUCUUUGCCAAUUUCUCAACCAAUAAAUGCAAUCACCGUAAUAAAGCAAAGCAAUAAAGUCUAAACAUAAUAUACUUAUCAAAUGAGAAAGUUUUCUCUUUUUCCCAUCUAUCACCCAAACAUUCCACCAAUCUUAUAUGCUUAUCAAACAAAUCUUUAUAGCAAUUUCAGCAACUUGUGUUUCUCAGCAAAAACCCAUCAAGGAAAUAAUUUGAUAUGAACAUUUACAUUCUUAAUUUUCACAUAAAAAUUUGAAGAAAAAUUCUGGGUUGAAGAACAGAUUAAAUCAAGAACUGGGUAAUUCUUAAAUUAUGGGAAGUAAUGAGAUAGUGUGUGAAAGUAAUAAUUACUAUGCAGAGAACACUGUGUUUGUUGCUGUGGGAAAGCAUAUGAAGGAGAGUGAAUCUGUUUUAUCAUAUGCAGUCCAAAAAUUUGCAGGGAAGAAGAGAAUUUGCGUCCUUCAUAUUCACCAACCAGCUCAGUUAGUUACAUUUUUUGAUUCGAAGUUUGCAACAAGCAAAUUCAAACAAAGAGCAAUCAAGGCAUUCCAUGAAUUGGAUAUGCAGAAACUCCAUAAACUCAUCAGUCAAUAUGUUCUUUUUGUUUCCCAAACAGGGGUGCGUGCGGAUAGGAUGUGGAUAGAAAUGGAGAAUAUUGAGGACGGAAUAGUAAAGAUGAUUGCUCAGCAUGGUAUUAAAUGGUUGGUCAUGGGAGCUGCGGCAGACAAACAUUACACAAAGGAAAUGGCAGAGCUGAAGUCCCAAAAGGCAAUUUUUGUCUAUGAACAAGCGCCAGUUUCAUGUCACAUUUGGUUUACUUGCAGAGGAAACCUUAUAUAUACUAGGGAGGGUCUAGAAAAAUACCCUAGUGUAGAGAUACCUCAGACAAGUGAAUCACAAAAUUCAAAUGUGGCUACCGAAGAAUCAGAUCAUAUAAGAUUAAGUAGUCCAGAAUCUUUUCUAAGACCACAACCAGUAGAUGUAAUGCUGGUGACUGAAGAAGGAAAUCUGAGAGUAGAAGCUCCUGCUGCUGAUGGUCUCUCACCGGAUUCAGAUUUUUCAACUGAAGAAUCAGAGUCGAAAUCACUAGAAUCAGAUGCGGUUAGUGAAGAAGAUGCUGAAGGUUUCAGAGUAAAUGAUCCUAGUGCAGAUACACGAUCAAUACAGUCAAAUGUGGUCGCAGAAGAACCAGGGCCUGUGAGAAUAGAUUGCCAACCUAAUGAGCCAGGGCCUGUGAGAGUAGAAGCUCCUGCUGCUGAUGGUCUCUCAUUGGAUUCAGAUUUUUCAGCUGAAGAAUCAGAGUCGAAAUCACUAGAAUCAGAUGCCGAAGGUGUCAGAGUGAAUAAUCCUAGUGCAGAUACACUAUCAAUACAGUCAAAUGUGGUUGCAGAAGAACCAGGGCCUGUGAGAAUAGAUUGCCAGCCUAAUGAACAUGGAUCGCCACCUCGGCUAACAUUUCGGGAACGUGGCUCCAUUCUCCGGGCUUGUUCUGUUGACUUCAACUCUGAUGUGGAGAAGUGCAUGGUGUUAUCUUCUUCACAGGAUUGUAGGCAUUUACAUGAUUGUAUAGGUGGAGAAAAAGAAGACAAUGGAUAUGAGGGCAACUUGCAGAUGUUCAAAUUUCGUUCUUCAUUUGAUUCAGUGUUGUCCAAAGGCAAAAUGGCAGGAAAAGGUAAACUGCUUGCACCAAGAGAAAGUCAUGGUAAAAUGGAACAGGCUAUCUCAGAUGCUGAAAGCUUGAAACAGUUGGCAUUUCGAGAGUCAGUCAAUCGAUGGAAGGCUGAGGAGGAUGCCAUGGAUGCUAAAAGAAAGGCUGAUGCUGCAGAAAUUAAAUAUUAUGAGGAAAUGAAAAAAAGAGAAGAAAUAGAAGAAGCUUUGUCAAAACAGAAGCUAGCAUGUGGGAGAAUCAAAGAAGAGCAUGAAAAGUAUAUGAAAGAACUUCCAGUGGUCCAAGAUCAAUGUUUUGGCCUAAAAAGCCAGAUCAGAGAAUCUGAAAUUGCAGCUAAAGAGCUGGAGGAGAAGAUUAUUUCAGCUGUUCAGCUUUUGAUAUCUUUCAGGGAUAAGAGGGACCAGAUACAGGUGGAGCAUGAUAAAGCUGUCGAAGAACGAGAAAAGCUGAAGAUAUUAAAGCAACAAAGAACUAAAGUGUUGUCUGGCUUACAUUUUUCAACUUUUUCAUUGUUGGAAAUUGGUGAAGUGACUUGCAGUUUUGACCCUUCUAAGAGAAUCGGAGACGGGAGACACGGAAGCAUUUAUAGAGGAAUGCUUCGACAUGUAGAUGUUGCUAUAAGGAUGCUGCCAAAUGAUGGCUUCUUGAGCCAACAGAUGUUUGAAAGCAGGGUUGAAAUUGUAAGCAGGAUAAGGCAUCCAAACAUAGUGACACUUAUCGGAAUUUGUCCUGAAGCACGGUCUAUUGUUUAUAAGUACCUUGAAAGAGGUAGUUUGGAAGACCACCUAGCAUGCAAGGGGAAAAGCCUGCCUCUGCAAUGGCAAACUCGUGUUCGCAUUGCAAAAGAACUCUGUUCUGCCCUUAUCUUCCUUCAUUCAAAAAAUCCUCCAAUUUUCCAUGGGAAUAUGAAGCCCACCAAGGUCCUUUUAGAUGCCAAUUUCAUCUCCAAACUCAGUGACCUGGGCAUGUUCUUUUUGAUCCCUCAAAAUCAGCUUCCUAACAAUAGCCAUAGCCCUGUGUAUAUAGACCCAGAGUUUCUUGAGACCGGAGUGCUCACUCAAUAUUCAGAUAUAUAUUCUUUUGGAAUGAUAUUAUUACAACUUUUAACUAGUAGACCUGCUUCUGGAAUUGUGAGGGAUGUCAAAUGUGCCUUACAGAAAGAUAAAUUUGAAUCAGUUUUAGAUUUUUCAGCUGGAGAAUGGCCGGUUAAUGAAGCAAAAACACUGGCUCGAAUGGCAUUACGGUGUUGUGAGAGAAACCCAUCAAAGCGACCGGAUCUUGCUUUAGAUAUGUGGAAUGCUCUUGAAUCACUUAGUAAAUCAUGUGAUCCUCAAGCGUCAUGCUCGCAGAAGAAGGAAAACAAACGUCCUCCCUCUCACUUCCUCUGUCCCAUUUAUCAGGAAGUCAUGACAGAUCCUUGUACAGCAGCAGAUGGCUAUACUUACGAAGGAGACGCUAUAAGAGGAUGGUUAGAUAGCGGCCAUAUAACUUCACCCAUGACAAAUUUGAAGCUUUCGAGCUGCAGUCUGAUCCCAAACCAUGCUCUUCAGUAUGCAAUCCAAGAAUGGCUGCAGCGCUCAUAAAUCAUAAUUGUACACACUACACACCUCUAACCUUAACAUUGCACAUAUUACGCGCCUAUAGAGAGCCUAUGUAGCUAUGCAUAUAAAUAUACAUAUCAAAGCCUUUCACAAUAAGGAGCCUAUGUAGAAGCCAAAUAUUACCAAAUGCUUCUAUCAUAAAAUUACUUAACUGAUAAAAGUAUUAUACUCCAACUCAUAUAGGAGUAUAAUCUUAAUAUUGUACAAUGUUGUAUCAGGUGAACUCAAUACUAUAUACAUACAUGUAAAUUAUAUGAGAUUAACAUGUUGGACCUUUUAUUGGACCCUUUGUACUUGAGUUCUGGAUACCUUUAACCAAAGGCGGCCUAGUCUUUUAAAGUA